GUGGUACUCGCACUGAUCCGCAGUGUCCAGACCUAGAUGAAUGUGCAUUGGAGACUCACAACUGUGCUGGUCAGUCAACGUGUGUCAACACAGUGGGUAGUUACUUCUGUACAUGUACUGCCGGCACUGGACCUCAGUGUCAGGAUGUUGACGAAUGUGCUAACGGGCAAGUGACUUGUCCGCACGGUGCUACGUGUGUCAACUACAAUUACGGCGCGUACUGUCUGUGUCCAACUGGAGACCCUGGUAUAAGGGGCAUACCCAGUGACAGUAGCGAGAUUCCCAACAGUUUACUGGUGGAAGUACUUUUCAAUGGAAUGUAUGGUACCAUUUGUGAAACUACAUUCGAUCUCCCCGAUGCUGACGUUGCUUGCAGACAACUUGGCUUCAAACGCGCUCUGAAUGCAAUAACAACAUUUCAGUCAAGCUAUACUGUGUCGACAUUCGACAAUGUACUUUGUACGGGGAGUGAACUUAGUGUGAUAAAAUGUCCACUUUCUGUUGGACAGCAAAACUGUUAUAAUUCCGGUGUCCUCUGCGAUGAAUAUAUUGGCUCCGGAGCAAUCUGCCCAGCUACUGGUGAUCUAGACGAAUGCCUAGCCGGUACGCACAACUGUUCAUCGAUAGCUAUGUGUACAAACGCCAUGCCUGGUUUCAACUGUACCUGCUCCGCCGGUUACACGGGAUCUGGUGACAUCUGCCAGGACAUCAAUGAAUGUGUGUCCAUACUGGAGACGUGUGGACCCAAUUCACAGUGUAGCAACUUUGAUGGUGCCUUUACGUGUUCCUGUCUCAGUGGAUAUGAAGACACCAGCCCCUCAUCCGUAACACGCACUAACUGUACUAACAUCAACGAGUGCAUUGCGCUGAGUGCCAGCAACGGAGGCUGUGACGUCCACGCAAACUGCACGGAUACUGACGGGUCUCGUCUGUGCACGUGUCAAGUUGGCUUUGUCGGCAAUGGCACAGUAUGUGACGUCUGUCCAGCUGGAUUAUAUGGUAAUGGCACAGCUUGUCUGGACAUUGACGAGUGUGUCAGCAACAGUAACAGCAGUAGCAGCAGCAUCAGCAACACUACCACCAGUGACAACAGCAACAGCAGUAGCUGCAGUGCCAACGCCAUCUGCGUGAACACCGUACCCGGUUUCUUGUGUCAGUGUCUUGCUGGCUACGAGGCAGUCACACAUACAAUCUGUCAAGACAUUGACGAAUGUACUACCAGCUUCAACAGCAGUAGCAGCAACGCUACAGGAGUGAACAACUGCAGUGUCAACGCUAUCUGCACAAACACUGUCGGCUGCUACGAAUGCACAUGUUUAAAUGGUUACCGUGGUAAUGGUGUGACAUGUCUUGAUGAAAACGAAUGUACCGAUGGUCUACAUCAGUGUGCACCGCUCACAGCUACCUGCUCCAACACAAAUGGAUCCUACAUAUGUGAAUGUAUUGGUGGUUUUACUGGCAAUGGCAGUGUCUGUUCCGAUGUUCUUGAAUGCUCGCUUGGUCUGCACAGCUGUUCAGUCAACGCCCAUUGUACGGAAAUAAUCGGAAACUACAGCUGUGAAUGCCUCAGUGGCUUUACCGGAAAUGGCCAAGUCUGCAUGGAUAUUCCAGAGUGUUCGUUAGGUACUCAUGGCUGUUCGGUGAAUGCCACGUGUGCGGAAACCUUGGGUAAUUACACCUGUACUUGCUUGAGUGGUUUUACCGGGGAUGGACGAGUAUGCUCCGAUAUUCCUGAAUGUACAAUUGGUACUCAUGGCUGUUCGCAGAAUGCAUUGUGUACGGAAAUCAUCGGUAACUACAGUUGUAUAUGCUUGAAUGGCUUCACUGGAAAUGGACAGAUCUGCAACGACGUUCCUGAAUGUUCGCUAGGUACCCAUGACUGUUCGGAGAAUGCCACUUGCCUUGAACUUGCUGGCAGCUACAAUUGCACUUGCCAGAGCGGAUUUAGUGGCAAUGGUCGGGUGUGCUCAGACAUCCCUGAAUGCACGCUAGGUACCCAUGACUGUUCGCCGAAUGCCAAGUGUACGGAAAUCAUUGGCAACUACAGCUGUGAAUGUGUGAAUGGUUUCUUUGGAGAUGGGCAAACUUGUGCUGACAUUCCUGAAUGUUUGCUCGGUCUUCACGACUGUUCGGAGAAUGCCACAUGCAUAGAAAUCACCGGUAACUACAGUUGUGAAUGCUUGAACGGCUUCACAGGAAAUGGACAAGUCUGCAACGACAUUCCUGAAUGCUCGUUGGAUCUUCAUGACUGUUCAGAGAAUGCCGUAUGUGUAGAAGUCCACGGCAACUACAGCUGUACGUGCUUGAGUGGCUUUAUAGGCAGUGGACAAGUUUGUUCUGAUAUUCCCGAAUGCACACUUGGAACCCAUGACUGUUCGCCUGAUGCCCAGUGUGUGGAAAGCAUUGGUAGCUACAGCUGCCAGUGUCUAAAGGGCUUUACCGGAAACGGGCGCACCUGCUCCGACAUACCUGAGUGUUCUCUUCGGCUUGAUGACUGUUCGGAGAAUGCCACUUGUCUUGAACUUGUUGGCAGCUACAACUGCACUUGCCAGAGUGGAUUCACUGGUAAUGGUCGGGUGUGCUCUGAUAUUCCUGAAUGCACUCUAGGUACCCAUGACUGUUCGCCAGAUGCCAGGUGUACGGAAAUCAUCGGCAACCACAGUUGUGAAUGUGUGAGUGGAUUCACUGGCAAUGGUCGGGUGUGCUCUGAUAUCCCUGAAUGCACGCUAGGUACCCAUGACUGCUCGCAGAACGCCACAUGCACGGAAAUCAUCGGUAACUACAGUUGUGAAUGCUUGAGUGGCUUCACAGGAAAUGGGCAGAUCUGCUACGACGUUCCUGAAUGUUCGCUAGGUACCCAUGACUGUUCGGAGAAUGCCACUUGCCUUGAACUUGUUGGCAGCUACAAUUGCACUUGCCAGAGUGGAUUUAGUGGAAAUGGCCAGGUGUGCUCAGACAUUCCGGAAUGCAUGCUCGGUACCCAUGACUGUUCGCAAAAUGCCAGGUGUACGGAAAUCAUCGGUAACUACACUUGCAAAUGCCUGAGUGGAUUUACUGGAAAUGGGCGCACCUGCUCUGACAUCCCUGAAUGUACGCUAGGUACCCAUGACUGUUCGCGAGAUGCCAAGUGUACAGAAAUCAUUGGUAACUACAGUUGUGAGUGUGUGAACGGCUUCUCUGGAGACGGGCAAACUUGUGCUGACAUUCCUGAGUGUUCAUUGGGUCUUCACGACUGUUCGGAGAAUGCCACGUGUGUGGAACAUAUUGGAAACUACAGUUGCACUUGCUUGAGUGGAUUCACUGGCAACGGACAAGUCUGUUCUGACAUCCCGGAGUGUAUGCUUGGUACUCAUGACUGUUCGCAGAAGGCCCAGUGUACGGAAAUCAUCGGUAACUACAGCUGCACUUGCCUGAUCGGGUACACGGGAACUGGUCAACAUUGCUCUGACAUUGAUGAGUGUUCGACAGGCGGCCAUGAUUGUGAUACCAUGGCAACGUGUACAAACACAAUGGGGAGUUACUCGUGUCAAUGUCUCUCCGGGUAUGCCGAGCCGGAUCCGAACAGCUCUGGGUCAAGCUCUGGGUCAAGCUCUGGCACUUCCGGCAUAGGUCGUAUCUGUGGAAACAUCAAUGAGUGUUUGCUUGACGUGGAUACGUGUGACGGAAAUGCCAGCUGUGCAGACACGGACGGUAGUUACACGUGUACCUGCAAUCGCGGCUAUUUCGGCAACGGCACCAGCGGCUUCUGCCAGGACAUCGUGGAGUGUAACGACACACGCCUGCACAACUGCUCGUCGGAUGCCACGUGCACAAACGUGGCCGGUCACUUCCUGUGUAUGUGUAACCAUGGCUACGAAGGCGACGGUGCCGAGUGUGGGAAUAUUGACGAAUGUACGCGUGACCUGCACAAUUGCUCAGCGGUUGCAAUGUGUACUGACUCAGUGGGCAGUUACCAGUGUCAGUGCUUGAGUGGGUACACUGGUGAUGGAGUAUCAUGUAUGGAUGAGAAUGAGUGUAGUCUAGGCAACACCACUAAUAACUGUACUAGUGCCACUAGCAGCUGUGUGAACACGGACGGUGGAUUUGGAUGCGCCUGUUUUGCCGGAUUCACGGGCCAGCUUUGUGAUGUCGACAUUGACGAGUGUCUGUCUGGUCCUUGCUUCAACGGUUCCUGCCGGGACCAAGUAGCCAAGUAUGAGUGUGAUUGCUACAGCGGCUAUACGGGAUCACGGUGUGCGAGUGACUUAAACGAGUGUGAGCAACAGCUGGACAACUGUACAAACGGUACCAGCAGUUGUGUCAACGUGGACGGCGGAUUCGAGUGCGCCUGCUUCGCCGGCUACACAGGAUUCGUGUGUGAUAUUGAUGUGAACGAAUGUCUCUCUGAGCCGUGCCGAUGGAAUGGCUCGUGCUCUGACCAUGUGGGCAGCUACAUAUGUCACUGUUUGCCUGGUUUCACCGGCCUGCAGUGCCAACAUGACAUAGAUGAAUGCUCAGUACCGACUCACAACAACUGCUCCGCAAACACCAGCAGCUGUGUCAACACCGACGGGGGAUUCCAGUGUUCUUGCUCGGCGGGGUACACUGGACAGCUCUGUGAUAUUGAAGUUGACGAAUGCUCUUCCAGUCCCUGUAUCAACGGUACUUGCAUGGAUCAGAUAGCGGGAUACGCUUGCGACUGUAUCAGUGGCUACAAUGGCUUGCGUUGCGAUCACGAUAUACACGAGUGUCUACUCGGUACACACAACUGCACAGUCCAUGCCAGUGAGUGUGUCAACUUUGACGGCGGAUUCGACUGCAUGUGCUUCGCCGGAUACACAGGCUCGGUAUGCGAGGUCAAUAUCGACGAAUGCCUGUCAAUGCCCUGUUUCAAUGGCUCUUGUGUGGAUCUAGUUGCUGGGUACGCCUGCAACUGUUCAAGCGGGUACACUGGCUCACGAUGCCAGAGUGAUCUUGAUGAGUGCUUGACGGGCAUGCACGCCUGCUUCGUCGCUGGUAGUGAUUGUCGUAACAUUGUCGGCGGGUAUGUGUGUGACUGCCGUCCGGGGUACACCGGUGCGACAUGCUCGGUCGGCAUUGACGAGUGCACUUCAAAUCCCUGCUUCAACGGCACUUGUCGGGACCUGGUCAACCGGUACUAUUGUGAUUGCUACAGCGGCUAUACGGGAUUACAGUGUGAGAGUGACAUAGAGGAAUGUGUGCUUGGCUUAUACACCUGUCCCGACACCAACAGCCACUGCAGUAACACGGUGGGUGGCUACGAGUGUCCGUGCUCGCCGGGCUUCACGGGUCUAGCAUGCAAUGUGGGCAUAGACGAAUGUGCCUCGCAGCCGUGCGUCAACAACGGGACCUGUAGAGAUCAGGUCGCAGGCUAUUCAUGUAAUUGCACGGCCGGAUUCACCAGUCCACAUUGCGAUAUUGAGAUUGACGAAUGUUCCUCCGAACCCUGCUUCAAUGGCUCGUGUAGAGAUCAGAUCGCAGGCUAUGCGUGUGAAUGCAUUGCUGGCUUCACCAGUCAACACUGUGAUAUUGAGAUUGACGAAUGUUCGUCUGAGCCAUGCCUUAAUGGCUCCUGUAGGGAUGAGAUUGCUGGCUAUGCAUGCGAGUGUUUCAGUGGGUACACUGGACUUCAGUGUGAAAACGACCUUCACGAAUGUCUGCUCGGUACACACAAUUGCACGAACCACACCAGCGUCUGUAUCAACCUGGACGGUGGAUUUGAAUGCAUGUGCUUCCCCGGCUAUACAGGGCCAAUCUGUGAUGUUGAUAUUGAUGAGUGUACUUCAAGUCCAUGCGUGUAUGGUACCUGCAUCGAUCAGACUGCAGGAUUCACAUGCAGCUGCUUGACUGGCUUCUCGGGUGUACGUUGUCAGAGUGAUAAUGAUGAAUGUCAAACUGGUGCUCACAACUGCUCAGGAUUGGGUGGUAACUGUGACAACACUCAUGGUGGAUUCCAAUGUACUUGCUUUGCGGGAUAUACAGGACCAGAGUGUAGCGUGACGAUUGAUGAAUGUCUGUCAGCUCCAUGUCAGAACAAUGGAACAUGUGUGGAUGAAAUCGCCGGCUUUGCAUGCCUGUGCAAUGCUGGUUUCACUAGCACUAUGUGUGAUGUCAAUAUCAAUGAAUGUGCACCAAAACCUUGCCAGAACAAUGCAACAUGUGUGGAUGAAAUCAACGCUUUCCAAUGCCAGUGUCAUCCAGGUUACAACGGCACACUCUGUAGCAAUGACAUUAACGACUGCUCCGGGAAUCCAUGUCUGAACCAAGCAACGUGUACGGAUGGUGUCGAUUCCUACGCAUGCACAUGUGCUCCGGGAUUUUCUGGCCUGUUCUGUGAGCAAAAUGUGGAUGACUGUCUGGGCGUGAUGUGUGGCAAUAACGGCUCAUGUGUAGACCUGGUGGAUGGGUUUGAAUGCACGUGUGUAGCAGGCUAUACGGGUGUACUCUGUGAAGUCAACGUGGAGGAGUGUAGCAGUGCUCCGUGUCAGAAUAAUGCUACAUGCGUGGACCUCGUUAACGCAUAUCGGUGCGAGUGCGAACCAGGAUUCACCGGACUUCAAUGUGAGGUUGACAUUGAUCAUUGCACGUCCGCGCCGUGUGUAAACAAUGCAACAUGCACGGACUUGGUCAAUGCAUAUCGCUGUGACUGCAUUCCCGGUUUCACUGGACUGCAAUGCCAAACUGAUAUCGUCGAGUGUCUCUCCUCGCCCUGUGACAACGGAACGUGUGUGGACGGCGUUAACGGAUACAUGUGUGUCUGCAAUGGCGGCUUCACUGGUUUGACGUGUGAGAUCAAUGUUGAGGAGUGUGAGUCUGAUCCGUGUGUACAGGGUACGUGUGUAGACCAGGUCAACAGCUACCAGUGUGUAUGCAGUGCAGGCUAUACAGGUGUGCUGUGUGAGGUCAAUAUCAACGAAUGUCUCUCCAUGCCUUGUGUGAAUGGCACGUGUAACGACAACGUCGAUGGCUUUACCUGUUCGUGCACUCCUGGCUUUACGGGUCUGACGUGUGCGGUUGACAUCAAUGAGUGUGCGUCCACACCCUGUGUGAAUGGUUCAUGUAAUGAUGCCGUCAACGCAUUCUCCUGUGACUGCUUCCCGGGUUUUAGUGGCAUGCUGUGCAACACCGACAUACUAGAGUGUUCCAGUGAACCAUGUCAAAACAACCAGUCGUGUGUGGAGCUGACGGACGGGUUUGCAUGCACGUGUUCUUUGGACUACUUUGGUGUGCUGUGUGAGAAUGAAAACAACUCGUGUACUGAUCCUGCACUGACCGUGCCCAGAUGCCUUAACAGCGGUGUGUGCGUUCCGGAGGGGAUUCCCCAGGACGGCGGCGGUGGUGGUGGUGGUGGCAGUGUCAGUGUAAACAGCUACACUUGUCAGUGCUUACCUGGCUUUACGGGUGUGCACUGUGAGGUCAAUGUGGAUGACUGUCUUGGAAUGCCUUGUCUCAAUAAUGCCGUCUGUAUGGACAUGGCGGAUGCAUACCAAUGUCAAUGCCAAUCUGGUUUUACCGGCCAGAAUUGUGAAGUGGACAUUGACGACUGCAUUGGCGUCAACUGCACUGCUAACUCCAUGUGCCGCGACGGCGUUGACCAAUUCCAGUGUGUCUGCGAUGUUGGCUAUGUAUCCACCACUGUCAACACUGAAAUGCUAUGCACAGAUGAAGACGAAUGUAGUCGAGCAGGUGUGAGUGUGUGUCCACCAAACUCCAACUGUCUGAACACUAUAGGUAGUUUUGACUGCACAUGUCAGUCUGGUUUUAGUGGAGACCGGCACAAUGGCUGUGUGGACAUCAAUGAGUGUGUAACGGGUGCGAACGAUUGUGAUGUGCCAACCAGAGCAAGAUGUGUCAAUACUGCCGGUGGAGUCCGCUGUGAAUGCUUCAACGGGACCACCGGAAACGGAACGACCUGCUACCUGCCAGCUGCCGUUGAUCCCCUAGCGGCCACAUUGCGCAAUGUCUUUGCCAGCACCGAAGUCAGGCUAACAUGUAGCUACCGAGGAUACCCGCAGGCUACCCCGCGAUGGUGCAAGCUGAGCGAUGACAUCACCAUGACAUCAUCGCUGGCUGCAGAUGGAUGUGCGGUGUACGACUCAUCGUGUCCGUUCACGGUAACGGACGACAGCAGCAGCACAACAACUCUGGUGAUAGUCCAGGUACAGGACUGCCAUCGUGGACUGUACCGGUGUAUCGCCACCAAUAUAGCCAACCUGCAGGGCUCCUACUCCGAUGUAGAACUUGCUGUACUUGAUUCCAGUGACUUCAAGGUUUCUGGCAACUACAGCGGAGUGUCAAGCAGCAGUGUGGCUACUGACGUACAACGAACGCUUGAACAACUGCUGCAGGCAAUACCGUCCGUGUCUGUUGAGUUGCCAUCUGCACAAGUUAUACAGUUCAGAGCAAAUGGAGUUACACUGCAGAACCCGGUCUUUGUGGAAAUGGAUGUGCGGAUAUCCAGCAGUUCCGUAUCAGCAUUGUCAGGGAAUGGAUCUUUCGCUAACCGCCUACGUCUGUAUCUUGUCACAGAAAUCCAGGCUGGACGAAGCUCGCCUGCUACACUUGAUGCUACUUCAGUAUUUGUUAUCAGCUAUGAUGUAUGCCCAGCUGAAGUCACUACUGAUCUCCGGGGCAGUGUAGUCUGGCCAGAGACAGUUCGGGGAACGACAAGUGUGCAAGCAUGCGGUAUCGUGGUGGAGAAUGAGGCACCAAAGUUUGCCAGGCGUAUGUGCGUGUCCAGUCCCCGCACCAGUCGUCCAAACGUCUUCAUGUCCACAUGGGCCAUGGCUAACACUAGUGACUGUCCAUUCGCUUCAGCCAGCACUAGAGAACUACAGAUGAUUUCAUCCAUUGUGUUCAACACCAGUGAGCCAACGGUCCUCGUCAUGACAACAGAAACCAUUGGCAACCUGACGAAGAACGCCUCGUCGCUGUCCGAAGCCGAUAUCGACUUUGCGGCCACCGCAUUGUCCAAUCUAAUUCUGGCCACCAGCAGUGAUGGAGACUUCAAUCAGACCCUGGGGAGAGAGAUUGCUGGUUCCGUUCUGGACUCGGUGGACAACAUUCUUGCUGCACCACCAACGGAGAUUGAGUCCGCACCGGCUGCAACCAUUGCUCGUACAAUGGAGAGACUCGUCACGUCGCUGGAAGUCGAGGAGGGACAGCCACUGACCAGUGUAAAUGAAAACAUUGGGUUUGCCAUUAGCUGCCCCGGGCGAGUCGUUCCACAGUCAUUCCGUGCUGCAGCUGGUACUAGUGAUGAUGCUUUCUCAGUUGGUGAUACCACUAACACUACAUCAGCAGAAGAGAGCACUGAUCAAGCUGCCUUUGACCUACCGGCAGACGCUAUAGGUAUUGCAACACGCGGCAGGGCAACGAUGGCGCCAGACACUAACGGAACCUCCUCUAGCACGCCAUCAUGCCGAGUUGCACAGACCCAGUUUAUUUUGUAUCGCACCGACUCUCUCUUUCAGGACAUCAACCUGACAGGCACAUCUGCUGGAGCCAGAACAACCGUAGCGUCGCAGAUUGUCUCUGCUCAGGUUGGUAGACAAGAGGAGCGUAUUCCACUCGAUGGUGCGAGUGCCAUGAUGUCAUUCAACCUCAAUCUGCCAGCAAUCUCACCGGAGAAUGAAACUCUGGAGCUGGAGUGCGUCUUCUGGGACUUCACAUUGAAUGACAACCAGGGUGGUUGGAGUCGUGAGGGGUGUCGUCUGAUCAGCAACGGCAGCAGUCGUGCCGCAUGCGAGUGUAAUCACCUGACCAACUUUGCAGUUCUAGUUUCACGGAGAGCUAUUGAGUCGUCCAGUGUGGAAACUGUAGCCGAGAAGGUUCUGGUGAUUAUCUCCUACAUCGGCUGUGGAUUGUCCAUGCUAGGGCUGGUUGCCACCAUGAUCACUAUUGCAAUCUUCAAGAAACUACGCGCCAGUCUGCAUCAACGCUUGAUGUUUGGUCUGUGUACAACACUCCUCACCAUCAUGAUCCUCUUCAUCGCUGGCAUACGUGCUACGUCUAACAGGGCUGCAUGCCAGUCCGUGGCCAUCAUCAUGCACUACCUUCUCCUGUCUGCGUUCCUGUGGAUGUCGGCCGAGGCCACGCUUCUCUACACACAACUGGUGAAAGUGUUUGGUGGCACUCCGACCUGGUUUGCCAAAGCUGUGCUGGCUAUCGUGUAUGUUGUACCACUGGUCAUAGUGGGUAUAACGGCUGGAGUGACUAAACUUGACGCCUACACCAAUGAGAACUACUGCUGGAUAAGUGACUUCAAUGUCUUCUACGGAGCGUUCAUCGCACCAAUGGCACUGACAUUGCUCUACAACAUUGCUAUACUCACCAUUAUCAUACGAUCGCUGCACAAACGUGGCAAGAACACUGCGUCGCUGAAGCGCAAGGGCAAGAAAGACAACAAGGGAGCGCUGUACCUUGUGCGUGUUGUAGUGACGCUCUCGUUACUACUGGGACUAACCUGGGUGUUUGGCAUACUGGUGGUUCUUGUCGAUCAUAUCGCCAUGCAAUACGCCUUCGCCAUUCUCAACACAUUCCAGGGAUUCCUCAUAUUCGUACUGCACACAGCGCGCGCACAGGAGGUACGCAAGGAGUGGAGCGAGGCCCUCUCCUCGGUCAGUCGACGUGGAUCCGUUGGCUCUCGGAUGAGCUCGACGCUACGCCGCCGCACCUACUCGUCGACGAUGAGCUCAGGCGACACACGGCACCGCGUUGUUAGUAUGACUAGCAAUGGAGCAGGCACCAGGCGACAGCGCUUCAAGACCAUGCCGGCGAGUAACACAAGCCUGGGACAGUCGCGACACGCUGCGAAGAACGGGCAUAGUCUGCUCCUAGCAACCACCAGCAACUCUCUCACGACAAGCCCUCGGACCUCGCCACCACCUGAAUACGAACUUCAACCUGCCGUAGCGCCACCACUAUCGCCGGGCUUUGACAAGGAACCAGCCGAGAAAGAAACGAGGCUAUCAUCUCCGUCCGACAGUCUUCCCUCUUGCAUGGACUAUUCCGGGUUUAACGACAUCUUUACAAAUGACGUGGCUGUGGACGACGAAAGUGGCGAUAUGCACGCCCUCCAACACACGGCUGAUAUCCUUGUUGCAAGAUUGUAGGCAUUGGCAACACGGAAGGACAGUGAGUGAGUGAGUGUAUGCGUGCAUGCAUAAGCGAGCGUGCGAGUGUGUGUGUGUGUGUGUGUGUGUGUGUGUGUGUGUGUGUGUGUGUGCGUGUGUGUGUGUGUGUGUGUGUGUGUAUGUGUGUGCGUGCUUGAGAGAGAGAGGGAGAGAGAGAUUUGCUUUUUGGACUAAGUAAUAAAAUCACACGGCUCAGAGCUGUUGUAUCGAUGAGAAUACCAUCGUUGUGCUUUUCACAAGCCUGUGUAUUUAUUUCUCUUGCUCAUGCCUUGUGUGUGGCCCGCAUUGUCGUUUACGCUUGCUUGACACUGUGCAGCUAUCUUUCACUGAGUAUCUGUACUACUCUAUGUAUAUGCACUAGGCUUGCUUGAAACCGAGCAGCGUGCUUGAACUUAGAACACUGCAUGCGAGCACGGCUACUGCUUGAGUCUCUGGACAGAAUAGAGCCAAGCACUGCUACUGCUUGAGUCUCUGGCAGAAUAGAGUGAAGCACAGCUAUAUACCUGUUGAUCUCAUUCUUAUGAUUUUUUAAACAUGAUUCAAGAACGGUGA